AUGGGAUUUGAGGGUGACGGAGCGGCUGUUAAGGAAAAUGUGCAAUCGGCAUUGGAACAUGCUGCCCUCCAAAUGCUCUCACAUCUACGCAACAGGUGUGAAGAACUUGACGAUGCGCUGGUGAUGCUGGACUCGGCUAAAAAAGAAAUGGAAGGACAAAUAAAUCAGUGCUUCCAAACUAUACUACGUACUCUGGAGGAGCGUCGAUUGGCUCUCUUUAGUGAUCUAGAGUCUUCCCUACUAAAACGUCGACAUGUCAUUGAGGAGUUAAUGAAGAACAUGGAAGAACGUAGUCAAAAGCUCACUGUUACGACAGAACUGAUCAAGCAAUAUUAUAUUCACGAAAAAGGCUUUUUUAAUGGUGUUAAAGGAGGAAAAUUUGAAGAAACAAAUCAUGAAGAUGGUAGACGAAAUGCCGAGGAACAGCUGCGUUCUCUUCUGGCAAAUCCAGUGCCGAUUCAUCCGUCGACUUCUGAUAUAUUAUCCUAUUUCCCCAUCAAUUUGGACAAACUCUUAAGCCUUAUUAAAAACUUCGGUGCCAUAGGGAUGACUAGUGUCGAUUCCGAUCAAACAAGUAUUGUUGAGACCGGAUCCGAGGGUAGUCAUGUUAUGCGAUGCGUUGUAAAUGAAGUCUACUUUCAGAAGGUACGCGCAGUGGACAGUCAAGGCAGAGAUGUAGGCGUUGUUAAUCCAAAGGAGUUCUCUGUCAGUCUCACCCACCGACCAGUUCACAUGAAUGAAGUCUCAGUCAUUGAGCCCGAGUCCAAAUCCUUGUCACCACCACUCGACAACUCGGUACUAAUUCGUCUUAAAUUAUCCAAUCCUGGAUUUUAUGAACUAAAUGUCAAAGUUCUUGGUGAGCACAUACGCAAUUCUCCAUAUCGAGUACAUUGUUUACCAAAAAUGGGACCUUUGGCGAAAGAGUGGAAGGCAGUUUUCAACGAAUUGAGUGAGCAUGCCGAACUUCGUCGGGGUCCUCUACAGUAUAUUAAACGAAGUUCUUCGGAGUUGCAUUUACCCACGUUGCCACCACCUCCACAGGCAUUGGCAGAUGCAUUAUCCUGGAAUAAAAACGGCAUGAUUUUUGCCAUAGGUGCACGGGGUCGAGGAGUAUCCGAAUUUGCGUGCCCCCAGGGAGCAAUGUUUACAAGGGAUAACAAAUUGGUCAUUGUUGACAGUAACAAUGCAAACGUACAGGUAACAAAAGGAUCAAAAAAAUAUAUUUUAAAAAACUCUUUCAAAAAUAAGUCAAAUAAAGGCGAUAAACCGCAGAAUAUUCACAAUUCAGCUGAUGAAGUUUCAAAGCAUAAGUGGAGAGGUGGAUAUCGGCGAGAGUUCAGAAAUAAUCAUGUUUCCGGACAGUUGUUUUUAAGCUCAAAUAGGCAUAUGAAUUUAGUGAUGCCUACUGAAAAACAACUUUCUGUAGAUGAAGAGGGCAACUUAUUGUUAAUUUUAAAGAUUGAUAAGGUUUAA